AUGCAAGAGGCAAAUUGGACUCACGUGUCUGAAUUCAUUCUCUUAGGAUUCUCAGAUCGAUCAGAAGUGCAGAUAACUUUAUUCGUGCUCUUUCUACUCAUUUACUUGCUGACUCUAAUAGGAAAUAUGGGUAUGAUUGUGCUGAUUCAGACAGAUUCCCUCCGACACUCUCCAAUGUAUUUUUUUCUCAGCAAUCUGUCCUUCAUUGAUAUCUGCUACUCUUCCAGUAUCACGCCAAGGUUUCUAUAUGAUCUCCUUGUAGGUAGGAAGGUGAUUUCAUACACUGCAUGUGUAACCCAGAUGUUGUUCUUUGCAAUUUUUGCCACAACUGAGUGCUACCUUUUAGCUGCCAUGGCUUAUGAUCGCUUUGUGGCCAUCUGUAACCCACUUCUUUAUCCAGUCUCCAUGACCAAAAACAUCUGUCUUCAGCUUUUAGCUGGCUGCUAUGUGGCAGGGAUUGUGACUUCAAUAGUCCAUACCAGUGGUACAUUCCGGCUGUCCUUCUGCAGCUCUAAUGAAGUUAACUCUUAUUUCUGUGACAUCCCCCCUUUGCUACGACUCUCCUGCUCAGAUAAUUAUGUAUCCAAGACAGUACUCUUCGUCUUUUCUGCUUUUGUUGUGGUACUGAAUGGAGUUAUUGUUCUCAUCUCUUAUGCUUAUAUCCUUUCCACUAUCUUGAGGAUGCAAUCUUCAACAGGCAGGCAGAAGGCCUUCUCUACCUGUGCCUCACACUUGCUGGCCAUUAUAUUGUAUUAUGGGACACUGACCUUUAUGUACGUUCAGCCUGGAGGACUUGAGGCUGUGGAGCAAGACAAAAUAGUGUCUGUAUUCUACACCAUUGUGAUCCCCAUGCUGAACCCUGCCAUCUAUAGUCUGAGGAAUGAGGAGGUGAAAAAAGCCCUGAAGAAAAAACUGAAUCAGAAAAUCUUUCUUCAGCAGCCCAAGUUGUGA